AAAAAAAUGUGGUCACGUCACUUUCUCUAGUUUCUCUAGCCUUGUUGCUUCGGGGGUUUCUAGUUUCUGUGCUCAAAUCUGAAAUAAUUUUCAACAUGUCAAAAGUUACGUUCAAGAUCACCCUGACUUCAGACCCCAAACUUCCAUUCAAAGUAUGCUGAGUUUUGGUGGGGUCUACGUUGAAUUUACCUCACUUUGUGGAGUACACGAUGGACACGGCUGUUGUGCGACAGUUCCUCGACUUUUUCCAAGACUUCCUCAACCUAUGUCAGCAAGAAAGCUGGCCCGACAAUGAGACCAAUGAACAGGAAAUAAAAAAUGCAUUUCUUAUUGCCACUCAUAUAGAAAAAUGUCUCGAUAGACUACAGAAACAGGACCUGAUUAGCGAAUUCCUGUCUACUUUGAACAGUCACCAGGACAGUUCAAAAUUAUUUCUGAAAAAUUGUUUUGCAGACCCACCUAAAUACAUUUUAAAAAAAAUUAUAAAUUCCAAUACAAAAAUUAACAAGAUGGAUGUUGGAAUCAAGGUGUUUCUGCAGCUAUUUUCUGUUGAAAAACUGGAAACAUGUCUGACAGAUCUCAUGUUAGAAGCAGCAUCCAAGGAAACAUUGUUGAGAAACUUAUCCACAGAAAUAUCUAGAGAAAACAUACUUAAAUUCAAAAGCCAGUUGUUGCUUUCUCAGCUAAAUAGCUCUGAAGAUUCCAAAGAUUCUUUAUUGGGCUUUCUAAAUGGUUCAAACCAAGAUAUGAUAGAACUACUAGUUGUAAGUUUACUAAACAAAGAUUAUAAGUACAAUUUAGCUAUUCAAAACAUACUUAAUAUUCUUACGCAAAGCUUGUCAAGUAAAGACUGUAAGGAUAAAUCACUUUGGAAACACAUUUUUAAAGUCAAUGAUGAUUAUUUAAGAAAAGUCUGUUUGGAACAUGGUGCUUUAUUUAAAUUAUUAACAAGCGGUUUAUUAGAUUGUGGUAAAUUGCUAAGAGAACAAAUGUCAAUGAAGUAUUUCUACAUAGAGUUAACCUAUUCAGAGUUAGUAGUUAUUGUACAAAAGAUAUGUCAAGACGAAAAUUUGAAGUAUGAAUUUUUUGACAUAAUCAGGGAAAAUCUUGGUGAUGUUGCUUUCUGGGAAAAUAUGAUAAUAUCAUGAUCUAUUAAUAUUCUUAUUGUUAUUAUUAAGUUAUUGAAAUCAACCAGUAAACUUUUUAUUUUCCUAUAAGAUUUUUUAUCUACAUUGACCCUUAUCUACAAUAAAUAGAAAAUACUUAUAACUCAUCAUAUGAGUCAACUUGGGACCUGGUGCCAAUGCACUGGUUGCACUGUCGCGCGUGGCGCGAUAUAUAUCGCGGACCUCGAUUGAUAUAUGCAGAUGUGGAGUGCGGCUGUCGGUCGUAGCUUGUGAUAUAACAUGUCGCGCCGGGCGCGGUCGUGUGCAAACAAAAAUCACUUCUCGCAGGACGAACGCAGUUCCCCGUGUUCGGCACGGGCUGUGUCAAGAUAAAUCGCACUUGUUCAAUUAGUAUACUAAUAUUAUGGUGUUCCUGGUAACGAUUGAC